CCGCUGCGCUUCGGUCACGGCCCCUUUAAGCCUGAGCCCCGCCCCUGGCUCCCCGCCCUCUCCUCCCCCCUCCCCCCGGCCCCGCACCUGGUGCCCCGGCGGGUCGUGCGGCGCGGCGCGCUGCGUGAGCUGGCGGUCACUAUGGCAAUGCGGGAGCUGGUGGAGGCCGAAUGCGGGGGUGCCAACCCUCUCAUGAAGCUGGCCGGGCACUUCACCCAGGACAAGGCCCUUCGACAGGAGGGGCUGAGGCCUGGCCCCUGGCCCCCAGGAACCCCAGCCUCCGAGGCGGUCUCUAAGCCUUUGGGAGCAGCCUCUGAAGAUGAGUUGGUGGUCGAAUUCCUCCAGGACCAGAAUGCACCACUUGUAUCCCGGGCCCCUCAGACCUUCAAGAUGGAUGAUCUCCUGGCAGAGAUGCAGGAAAUUGAACAGUCGAACUUCCGCCAGGCACCCCAGAGAGCCCCUGGUGUGGCCGACUUAGCCUUGUCUGAGAACUGGGCCCAAGAGUUUCUUGUGGCUGGAGAUGCUGUGGAUGUCACUCAGGAUUAUAAUGAGACUGACUGGUCCCAGGAAUUCAUCUCUGAAGUUACAGACCCUUUGUCAGCAUCCCCUGCCCGCUGGGCUGAGGAAUAUCUCGAACAGUCAGAGGAGAAGCUGUGGCUGGGAGAGCCUGAGGGAACAGCUGCCACAGACCACUGGUAUGAUGAAUACCAUCCUGAGGAGGAUCUACAGCACAUGGCCAGUGACUUUGUGGCCAAGGUGGAGGACCCCAAAUUGGCUAACUCAGAGUUCCUGAAAUUCGUGCGGCAGAUUGGCGAGGGGCAGGUGUCCCUGGAGUCCCGUGCAGGGUCGGGCCGAGCUCAGGCAGAACAGUGGGCAGCAGAGUUUAUACAGCAGCAGGGUACAUCAGAUGCCUGGGUUGACCAGUUCACACGACCAGUAAACACAUCUGCCCUUGAUACGGAGUUUGAACGAGCCAAGUCAGCUAUAGAGUCUGAUGUCGAUUUCUGGGACAAGUUGCAGGCAGAAUUGGAAGAGAUGGCAAAACGGGAUGCUGAGGCUCACCCCUGGCUUUCUGACUAUGAUGACCUCACGUCUGCUUCCUACGAUAAGGGCUACCAGUUUGAGGAGGAGAACCCCCUGCGUGACCACCCCCAGCCUUUUGAGGAAGGGCUGCGGCGACUGGAGGAGGGGGACCUGCCGAACGCGGUGCUGCUUUUUGAAGCAGCUGUGCAGCAGGAUCCUAAGCACAUGGAAGCGUGGCAGUAUCUGGGGACCACCCAGGCAGAGAAUGAGCAAGAACUUCUAGCCAUCAGUGCGCUGAGGAAGUGUCUGGAGCUAAAGCCAGAUAACCGGACAGCACUAAUGGCACUGGCAGUAAGCUUCACCAAUGAGUCAUUGCAGCGACAGGCCUGUGAAACCCUCCGGGACUGGCUGCGCUACACCCCGGCCUAUGCUCACCUGGUGGCGCCUGGCGCAGAAGGGGCUGUGGGGGCAGGACUGGGCCCCAGCAAGCGCAUCCUGGGAUCUCUGCUGUCUGACUCCCUGUUUCUGGAAGUGAAGGAGCUUUUCCUGGCAGCUGUGCGCCUGGACCCUACAUCCAUUGACCCUGAUGUGCAGUGUGGCUUGGGAGUCCUUUUCAACCUGAGUGGGGAGUAUGACAAGGCGGUGGACUGCUUCACAGCUGCCCUUAGCGUUCGGCCCAAUGACUACUUGUUGUGGAAUAAGCUGGGGGCCACCCUGGCCAACGGCAGCCAGAGUGAAGAAGCAGUAGCUGCAUAUCGUCGCGCCCUCGAGCUGCAGCCCGGCUACAUACGGUCCCGCUAUAACCUGGGCAUCAGCUGCAUCAACCUUGGAGCUCACCGGGAGGCUGUGGAACACUUUUUGGAGGCCCUGAACAUGCAGAGGAAAAGCCGUGGCCCUCAGGGUGAAGGGGGUGCCAUGUCAGAGAACAUCUGGAGCACCCUGCGUUUGGCGUUGUCCAUGUUAGGCCAGAGCGAUGCCUAUGGGGUGGCUGAUGCCCGGGAUCUGCCCGCCCUCCUAACUAUGUUUGGUCUGCCGCAGUGACAGUGGGAUGGGCUGCCCUGCGAGUGUCUGCCUGGAGGAGUCCCUGCUCUGGAUGUGACUCCCUCUCCCCAAAUGGGCCUACCAAGGGGGUGGGCUGACGACCGCCAGCGGUACGGCCUCUCAGGGGCAGCCUCAGUGUAGGGGUGGCUAGUUUGUGUUCUAGUUCCCACGUAAGUGUAGGAAAAUGGGGUGUGUUGUCUCUGAGUCCCUUGGUAAUUCAAGGGCCGCACAUCCCGCUGCACAUCUCUCUGCUCAUCAAGCCCUCUUGUGGUGCUGCUUUUUGGGUAGGACCCAGAGACAGAGGGUAACUGUUGUCAUCAGCUGCCAUUUCUGGUAGGGCCUACCACAUCUGUAAUGUCUUUCUUUUCCCCCAUGUUUACUGUUAAUUGAUAAUAGUGCAGCUUCCCUGGGCAGUUGUGUAUAGAAGGUUCUUCUGCUGUGCACCCUUCUGCUGACUUUAUCUAGGAUGGGGUGUGUUAGGAGUUGGCCUGUUUUAUUUAUAUGUUGAUUUGGCUCAGCAGAGCUGAGUUUCGAUAGGGGUGCUCUGUCACUGUUGGGCCUCUCCGGUGGUAGCUCGGUUUCCCUGGGAUGCUGUCUGCAGGAUGCCGGUGUCAUAGCAUAGGGGUCCUCCGUGCUUUCUCCCAGCAGUCAUAGCUGCCGGGGCCAGUGCCACACAGGGUGCUUGGGGUGGGAUAGGAGAAGGCGCACUUGUGGGGUGAGACUAGAAGGGGCCAGAUGGGAUGAGAUCCAGGCUCUGUUUGGGGCCUUGGUGGGAGGACAGAGUGGUGGGACUACGAAGGGGGUGAGUGCAGCAGCCCCUCCUCAUAGAAAGACCUGUGGGCGGGACCUGAGCUGGCUGUGGUCGAGGUUGGUUCAGCACUUGAAGUCUUGUCAGAUUUCCAGCAGAGAAGGGAUUUAGUGUUACCAUAAGCCUUUGCUGUACUUCUUGAACUGUUUGUGGGAAAAGCUUCAAAAAAUCCCUUUCCCCUACCUCCACAAGGUGCAUCCUGAAGGAGGAUAGGGAGCAGCUUGGGUCCCUCUCGGCUGCACCCUGCAUGGGGAGGUCCACUAACCCCCAGAAAUGACUGCUAAGCCUGUUGCCUUGUCUUCAGUAGCUAAUGAUCAGAGAGAAAUUUUUUUUAACUACCAUGGUCCCAAGAUUCCAUCCUGAAAUUUAUUUUUCUUUGUAUGAAUAUGUGUAAAUGAUUUAAAAAUAAAACUGUACAAUAUUUGUAUGAAAAAUAAAUGGACCUGACACAGG